AUGACGAAACCGAACCAUGAGCUCGACAACCUGCCGGUCCCUGCUGAACACCCGAGUGGUGGCACUGAUAGUGCCGCUGUUGCUCCUGCUGCUGCUCAUGUGUCUGGGCCCCCAAAGGCCCAUCUUCAACACCACGUUUCUUGUGCUGCCAUUACCCCGCCGGCCAGCCCCCCCGUGCCGCCAAGACCGCUCGACGAGGACGAUUCCCACUCCAACUUUUCCACCAACGGUGUAACAGGCACGCGCAGCGACGACACAUGCUCGCUGGCCCAGUCGCAUACAAGCACCAACUACAGUUCGCGCAGGGAGUACAUGGACAGUCUGGUGCCACCAUCGCAAGACGAGUUUGAAAAGAUCGCCGAGGUCCAGCGUACGCGCGAAGAGGAGAUCAAGAAGAGCAAGACAAGGAGGAGACCCAUGCAGACCCAACACCUCCACGACCACUUCCACAACCCCCGGCGCUCGCAGGACGGGCAGGAAGACGCCGCCGGGGGCGAGCCGCAGCCACAACUGCAAUCGCAGGUGGAGGCCGAAGGGCGCGACAGGUCCGACAGCGACGCCGCCGUCAACAGGGCCGCGACGCUGAUCCAGCGCAACUACCGCGGGUAUCGCGUGCGGCGGGAGAUGCAGGGUCUGAGCCUCGACCCCUCGACAAGAUGGGUCUCAGCCAUCGACGAGCUGCAGUUCCGCGAGCUUAACCGCCCGCGCGCAAAGAGCUCCGUCAGCCCCGCGGGGCUGGCCGCCGCCAACAGCGACCAGCACAGUAUGCUCUCGAGGGACUCAGAGGGCGGCAUGAGCCAUCCGACGACGGCGCGGGAGAACUGGCGGAAGGCAGCGACCAUCGCCCGGCGUGCGGGCCAUGAUGACGUCGAGUCUGACUCGGACUCGUCCGCAUCGUCGUCGGACUCGGCGGAGUCACCCGAGCAGCGGGCUGAGAAGAGGAGGCGUCGCGAGGAGGCCGUGGCCCGGAGGAAAAAGGACUCUAAAAUGAUGGGGUUGCAGUACUUCCUCGAGAUGGUCGACCUCAAGCACCGCUACGGGAGCAACCUGCGUGUGUACCACGAGGAGUGGAAGAGAGCCGACACGAACGAGAACUUCUUCUACUGGCUCGACUUCGGCGGUGGGCGCAACGUCGAGAUGGAGGCGUGCCCGCGCGACCGUCUCGAGAGGGAGCAGGUGCGGUACCUGUCGCGCGAGGAGAGGCAGUACUACUUGGUGCAAGUCGACGACGAGGGGCGCCUGUGCUGGGCCAAGAACGGCGCGCGCAUCGACACGACCGAGGCAUUCAAGGACAGCGUCCACGGCAUUGUUCCCGCCGACGACCCGACGCCGGCGUGGUCGCAGAACAACCCGCCGCCACCCCCUCCCGACGCGGGAAACGACGACGACGAUAGCCGGUCUGAGUCUUCAGUGGAAUCGGCGCUCGAGGCGGACCGCGCCGCCAAGUAUGCCACUCCCGACCUUGACGGCGCGACGGGCGUGCGUAAGGUAUCGCACAUCUCGGCGGCGACCGUUUUCAACAAGCUGCUGCGCAAGUCUGUCAAGAAGAACACGUGGAUCUUUGUUGCCGACACGAGUUUCAGGCUGUAUGUGGGCAUCAAGUCCUCGGGCGCGUUUCAGCACUCGAGCUUCCUUCAGGGCAGCCGCAUCUCGUCGGCCGGGCUCAUCAAGAUCAAGGACGGCCGGCUGUCGAGCUUGUCGCCGCUCAGCGGGCACUACCGCCCACCGGCGUCCAACUUCCGCGCCUUCGUGCGGAAUCUCAAGGACGCUGGCGUCGACACAUCGCACGUGAGCAUAUCCAAGUCGUACGCCGUGCUGGUUGGGCUCGAGGUGUACGUCAAAACGAGGCAGAAGGGCAAGCGGACGCUGGAGAAGAUGACGCACAAAAAGGAGAGGAUCAUGGCCCCCGAGGCGUUCCGGCGGCGUGAAGAGGACGAGAAGGACAAGAGCGAGAGCGCUGCCAAGGAGCGUCGGGUGCUCGAGAAGGAGGCCGAGGAGAGGGAGGAGAACCGGGCGGGUGUGAAGCUGAUGCGGAAGCUGAACCUCGCGCCGCAGUUGCCGACGGGGCAAAAAGAGUCCGGGGACAGGGCCGAGGGGGGGCCGGUGAUGGAGACGUUAGCGGAGGAAAGGACAAGGGAGGAGGGGACCGGCGUCGGGCCUGAGAGCCGGGGACCUGGGGUUUAG